CGGAGUUGUGCGCAAAGCAGCGCAGCGGGCAGCUCAGCGCAGUGUUAUCUUAGUUCAGUUCAGUGUGUGUCUUAGUUGAUCGGUAGUAAUUAGUGCGGUUACUGUUCGAUUUCCUCGGAAGUCCCAUGUGUUUCGGGUGAAUUUAAAUUAUACUAUUGUUAUCAUGUCGUCUAAUAGUCAAAAGUUGCCAACGAUGGAUAGAGUUAUUAAAACGGUGCCGUUUCCACCGAGUCAUAAGUUAACAGUGGCCGAAGUGUUCGACUCGAGAUCGGGGAAGCCGCGUCCUGACGUCCUCAAACAGCACUUCAUCCUCGAGGGCCGAAUAGACGAGACAGCUGCCCUCCGCAUCGUUAACGACGGCGCCCAGCUCCUCCGCGCCGAGAAAACCAUGAUAGAUAUCGAAGCACCCGUUACAGUUUGUGGUGAUAUUCACGGCCAAUUUUACGAUCUGAUGAAAUUAUUUGAAGUAGGCGGGCCACCUGCUACCACCAAGUACCUUUUCCUAGGAGAUUAUGUAGAUCGAGGAUAUUUUAGUAUAGAGUGCGUUUUAUAUCUAUGGGCUUUGAAAUUGUGCCAUCCAAAUACAUUAUUCCUUCUGCGCGGAAAUCACGAAUGCAGGCAUUUAACGGAGUAUUUCACCUUUAAACAAGAAUGUAAAAUAAAGUAUUCAGAAAGAGUAUAUGAUGCAUGUAUGGACGCAUUUGACUGUUUGCCUCUAGCAGCUUUAAUGAACCAACAGUUCCUUUGUGUUCAUGGAGGUCUCUCUCCUGAAAUUCAUAAUCUUGAAGAUAUCAGAAAACUAGACAGGUUUAAGGAGCCGCCCGCUUUUGGACCUAUGUGUGAUCUCCUUUGGUCAGACCCGUUAGAAGAUUUUGGCAAUGAAAAAAACGCCGAACAUUUCAGUCACAAUAGCGUCAGAGGGUGCUCUUAUUUUUAUAGUUACGCAGCAUGUUGUGAUUUCCUGCAAAACAACAAUUUAUUAUCUAUAAUCAGAGCACACGAAGCACAAGAUGCAGGUUAUCGAAUGUAUAGGAAAAGUCAAACCACAGGAUUCCCUUCAUUAAUCACAAUAUUUUCAGCUCCUAACUAUUUAGACGUGUAUAAUAAUAAGGCUGCUGUCCUAAAAUAUGAAAAUAAUGUUAUGAACAUAAGACAGUUUAACUGCUCUCCCCAUCCUUAUUGGUUACCCAAUUUUAUGGAUGUUUUUACGUGGUCUCUCCCUUUUGUAGGUGAAAAAGUUACAGAAAUGUUAGUUAAUGUUCUUAAUAUUUGUUCAGACGAUGAAUUAAUGUCUGAUGGUGACGAAGGAUUAGAAGAAGAUGCUAAAGUAAUUUUAAAGACUAAGAAUGCAAAUGGCGCAGCAGCUAAUCUAAGAAAGGAAGUUAUAAGGAAUAAAAUCCGCGCAAUUGGAAAAAUGGCCCGAGUAUUCUCUGUAUUAAGAGAGGAAAGUGAAAGUGUUCUUCAACUGAAAGGUCUCACUCCGACAGGAUCCUUGCCUCUUGGAGCACUAUCAGGAGGAAAAACAUCGCUCAAAAAUGCAUUGCAAGGCUUCUCACCAACGCAUAAAAUCACAACAUUCGCAGAAGCUAAAGGUUUAGACGCAAUAAAUGAAAGAAUGCCACCACGGAAAGACGCCCCACCCACACCAUCACCGGGCGCAUCAGAAGACAAACCCCCCCCUUCUCUUGUUAGAAGCGAGCCUCAACCCACUGUUACAAAUGCACAUUCAUGAGCUCCAAACUAUCCUGUAAGUUUUUUGUCAUAUCUUGAUCUUGUUCACAAAAGAUUUCAACAAUAGAUCCAACGGAUUUAAAAUUACCAAAAGUUGAUCGAAGAUUGAUGAAUCCAUGUAACAAACAUCAUGUUUUUUCAUCAACAAAGCCUUUGUUGUUUUUUAGUUUUAACUAAUCUCGUUUUCUAGUCUUGUUCAUUUGUUAAUCUUCAUGUAUCAACUUCCUUCUAGUUUUUUCUUAUUUUUUCUCCUUCCUUUCCUUCUGAAUAUGUUUUUAUACUUUUCUCGAUAAUUUUUAAACCAGUUUUCCUUGAUUUCACAUGCCUCCGCUAUUCAAUUACUCAAUAUUUUAAUGUGUUAAGUAAGAUUGUGUCAAGCAAUCAUAAUACCUGUCAUUCUCAGGCAUUGCUUCUAAAAGGAAUCAGAAGUAUCAGUCAUCCGUCUAAAGCAAGCCUUUUCCGUACAAAUCAUGUUGUUCUAUAUUCCUAAAUUUUUAAUUAUCAGUGAGAGCUUCAUUCAUAGCGUUUGGUUCCAUAUGAAUCAAACCUCAUUCCUUCCCAACUUUUUGUUCUAAAGAGAACUGUCCAAGAAAUCGAGUGAGACUAAUUAAAGGCUUCAAUAGAGAAGAGACGUUUCUUGCUCUCAGUGUAAUUCUUCGUUUGCUAUUCUUAAAAAGAAAUCUCGCUGAUUAUCAUAAAUAUUCAUAGCACAGGAGCAUAUCUAUACGUCCUUUAUUUUCACAAUAUUUAUAAAACCUACUAAAUAGUGCCACCAAAAAGUAAAUCAGUGUGUUAAAUUACUUUAAAUUAUCAUUUUGAUAAGAAAAGUAUUUCAAAAGUAUAUUUAUUUUGUUCAAUUGUUUUUAUGCUUACUCGAUUAUUUUAACAUUUCAUUCAGUAACCUAUCAUGAUCUUUAUGUCAGUAUAAAAAAUUUGAUGAACCUGUUUCACCUCUCUCAGCUGUGAAUUGUCCAUAGUGUGGAUUAAAAUCAUUUUUAUUUUUGUCAUGCCUCAGAUGAUGCCUUGGAGUCCAGAAACGCCUUAGGUGUUGUAAAUAAAACAAUUAUUCAGCAUAAUACAUACAUAAGGAAAUUUUUAUUUCUUUUUUAUUUUCUUUAAUAUGACUGCUUUUUCAUCCAUGUUGACUUAAGUAUGUUUUGCUUUUCCUCUACCCAUUUGUCUCUCUAGUUCUAUUCUAUUUGAGAAAAUCAAUCAAAUACCUUCAAGUUUAGAAACCUUCUUGUUCAUAUAGAGUUUAUUAUUAAUCGUCAGCAGACGAUGCAGGCUAAAAUUUAGAAGAUUUAAAUGGUGCUCCAAGAGUUUCUUCUAUCCUUCUCAUAAAAUUCUCUCCUAUUUACUGCUACAUGCAAAUUCUUUUCCCGUUUCAAAAGAGUCCAGAAUUUUCAUGAUUUUUUUACAUUGAAUUUUAUUCGUUUACAAUCAGAGGCUGUGUAAUUAAUUUUUCUUGAACUCAAGUCUCUGAAAUUACUUACAAAUAAACAUUUCUGUAAACGGCGGAAGUGGAACAGGUAGUGUGCUGGAUCAGUUUCACACAGUGAACUUAGUUGGUCUCUGGCCAAUGGAAAAAGUCUUUGAGCGUGAGCAAUGAAUCUUUGAGCUGCUCUAAAAUUCAUCAAUAUACAGCCAGUUACAAAUCUCAUCUCUUUAUUUUUCUACCACAUUUUUCCUGCAUGCUUGGAGGUUUGACAAGUGUUAAGAUUGCUAGAAAAGUCUGUUAGCAAUAUGUAAUUAAUCUUCUUUGAAUUAACUGUUGUUUCAUGAGGAGAAAAAUAUUUCUUGUUAUAGAGUUAUGUUUGUUGACUACAUUUGAUUUAUUACUUUAGUAUGAUUGAUCACCUCAUUAGCAAAUUACCUGUUUGUCAUUGUUUUUUCUUUGUUUAUCCUCCCUUCUCCCCAUCACUUUUUUCUCUCUUCUUCUCUCAUUAGUGAAUCAGUUCUGUCAUCUAGAUCACCAGUGGUAUCAAUCUAAACAUCAGAAUUUAAGAAUAUUGCAUCUGAAAUUCCUGACUGUGUACGAGUGUUGACUAUGUUUGUCCUUAUGAUAAGACAGAUUGGCUCUCACAUAUCUUUUUACCGGUUAGAGGUCAGUAGGUCUACGGGAAUGUGGUCUAUUGUUUGUAGGUCUACUGCAAAAAGUCUACUGACUUUGCGUCUACAGAAAUGAGUCUACGAGUUGUAAGUCUACGUAGAAUGAAGUUGAAACACAGAAUUAAUACACGCCGAUUCAGUCUACGGAAAUUAGUCCACACAGUGUACGCCUGCAGGAAAACAUCGUCUAUAAAAAAAGGCGUCUCUGGAAUUUCCUAUUCAGGAAGACUAAAAGUAAUACUUAUUUUGGUAUGCUUGAAGAUGUGAGGAAAGAGGAUCGUCGUUAGGGUACCUACUUGCGUCAGCUACUACGUCGCUACUACCCAGCUACGUCAGCUAGGUCUACGUCAGCUACUAGCUGCUUGCAUCGUCAGAAGAGUUAUCAUCACCGGCGGCAGCGUGCCGCUUGAGAUGGUAUCCGAUGCUGCGUAAGUACAAGAGGAUAUCAUCCCUGUCUUUAUAUUCUCUGUAUCUGCUGACAAUUGAUUUGACCUGAUUGUGGUUUAUUACGUAGGAGCGAGGUAUUGCGUGCUUGACACGCCUGUGUCCAGCCAAAAUUUGGGUAAUUUGGUUGCUAGUGUCUUGUUGGUCUUUUCGCACAGCUUCAAGGAAUUUCCACAUGGAGGCAUGGUGGGAAACGAGCAUGCGUUGGAAUCGAGAAUGCCACCCCUCUGCCUCGUUAGUCGUCCUCUGGAGGUCAUUCAGCACUGAUUCGUGAGCACACCAUAAAUUCGAAGGGAAUAAGGGGGGUGUCGCACGCCGUCGCCCUCGUGCUCGUCGGCCCCUUACAUACGUAGCUUCCACGUACUCUGCGAUGGGAAGAACGCGUGGGUCCACGUGGUCAAUAAGUAAAUCGAAAACCUGUAAGAUGUCGGUUUCUGGGACAAAUGGGAGGGACAUUAGACACUGAACGUCAUUCCUAAUAGUUCGGUUGUUUGGGUUAUGGUAAUCUGCUUUCAACCCGUUUCCAAUCACCUGCCUCCAAAUGGCUUGGGAGAAAUGAAAGAGGCAAAUCUUGUGGACCGAUCCUGGGAAUUCUGCUCUGGCUGCCUGAAUGACUGCAGCCUCCAUAUCUGUCAUUAUGAAUUGUGGUAAUAGUUGGAGGGGAGGAUUUAGUUGCAACGUGAGAGACUUUACUUCAGCAAAAAUUCGUCUGUAGGUCUCUUCAGUCUUGCGCAUGGUCAAACAGUAUACCAGUGGGUACAGCUUGCCCAUGACCUCGCCGUGAAGGGUGUACAACUGAUAGAAAACAUCCGGGACAGUCUUAAAAGUACCAUCACUCACUAGGAUACGACUGCGCGCCAGGUCCUUCAGCCCUGCGUUUGUCGUGAAGAUCAAUAUUCGAUCAGGAUCGUCUUGCCCUGAAUCAAAUCGGAGGAACGGCUCGCCAGAUAGAGUUUCAUUAUAUGGGGGUAAAAUCACGAGGCUUGCAAGAGACUGAGGGAUGGGUGGACGUCCUGCAUUCUGAUAACGAUUCACAUUCCGGAGCAUAGCUUGUCUCUCCGGUAACGCAGCUAAAACUUCCGAGUCGACGUUCACCAAAUGAUCUUGCAGGACCGCCACAGGGGGAACAUUUGGCCGUUCUCUAGCAUCUUCCCGAACGUUUGACAUAAUCCUUUGACGAGCACUUUCUGUGACGUCGGGCUCAUGAGUAUGCCGUCGCGCGUUUUUCAGUACUUCAAUUCCGCCAUGUAGAUCCGCAUUAGUAACAAUUGUCGAAUUGCAUAUAUUUCUCUUUUCACACCGCCAAUAUAUCUUCCUACUGUUUUUACUUACUCUCCUUUUCGUGUACAGGUAAUGCUGGUGAACUAAUUUCUGUUUCCGUUUGGCAGUGGGGAUUAGAAACGUCUCCAUUGUUUCCUCUUUACAGUAAUUUCUUCAAAUUUCGUUAAUAAACUUUGACAAUUUAAUACCCCCCUUAUUAUAAAGAACCGUCUCCAUUUCCAUCUUGAUGCUACUUUCUGCAAAUUUUGUUCACAAACAUAGAUAAUUUAAUAUUCCUCCCCUGAUUACAAAAAUAAUUUGGUCAAAGAAAUUUUCUUCCCUUAUAACCUCUUCUAAGAGCAAGUUCUUUUCACGAGUGAAAUGAAAAAAGCUCCAAAUGUAGGUACAUGUUUGAUGGUUGCCAUGGAAGCGUGUUAACCAAAGACGACCUAUAGACGUUAAUGUAUUGUAGACUUUAGUAAAAGGAGACUUUCUGACGUAGACCUACUGACCUGAAACCCUUUUUACCACAAUGGUAACAGUAAAGAUCUUUGUGACAUCUCACGAGGGGAGGUCACAGAGAUUUGGAUCAGAGUGUGGCCGAAAGUUUUUUUGCUCAAAAUUAUUAGUCCCCCAUUUUCCUCUCUUCGCGAAUGAGCCGUGAAUGUCCAAAAUAAAUUUUGUAAAAAAUGUGGGAAAAAGAGCUGCCUGCUGAAAUAGUUAAGUGACGCAUGUGUAACACCAGCAUAGCCAUAAUUUAAUAGUUAGGAGCAAGGUAUUGUAACUGACAGGUUACGGUUUCGAUCCACAGCGUCUCACUACAUUUUUUAUUCCUAUCAUGGUUAUUUUACUUCGCUGGUUGCUUCCUCUGUCUAACUGCUCACAUAAUUAUCUUUUUCAGUAUUUUUAUACAUUAGAAACCAUGAUUAUUUAUUAAAUUUUAUUAUUUCACGAGUAUACAAUUUUUACAAAUAAAAAUCAUAUGAAGUAGUAUAUGCUCAAUUACAGCCGAUGAAGAGACAAACGGUAAAAGAAAACACUGUGAGCAAAUUGAAGAAAGUAUGAAGAAAUCAAAGCAGAACACUUGGAUCGCAUUUAGUAAAAAGGAACUAGCAUGAUUACUGUGUUUUCAAAAUCGUACAACUACUUUUUACCCUUUAAAAGAUCUAAAUUUAUGCACAGUAUUAAAAUUUACACAAUUAUUUCCCACUGAUUUUAACAUUUUUUUGGUGGGAUGCAAAAACUAUUUGCUAUUUUGGGAAAUAUUUUAGAUAAUUAUGAAGAAGCAAUAUUUUAACAACACUGCAAGUGCGCUGGUUCCUUUUUGCUAAUUGCAAUCUAAUUGGGGAAGGAUUAAAAGUAAUGGUGGGACACCAUUACUACCAUCAUCAAUCCUGGAGCCUGCUGGCUAGCACGCAAUAACUUCAACUGCUGAACCAUUUCAAGGCUAAAGACUCCCAAGAGUCACUAUGCCACUUCAGUAAACAACCCUUUUUCCCAGACUUUUGACAAUAUUUGCAGGAACUUCUGAGGCCCAUUUCCGAAAACGGCAAAAUAGGAGUCUAAUAAUUUUGUAUAAAGCAAAUUUUGGCUAUACUUUGAUGAAAAUCUAGAUGGAACACAAUCUGAUCUCCCCCUGUUAGUUGUGUCAAAUGAGAACUUGCACCAUUGCUGAACUAAAGGCUUUCUUAGGGGUGCGGCUAAUUUUGAUCAUGUUGGAAAAUCGACUCUCCUAGGGUGGAUAUCGAGGUUAAUACAUAAAAAUGAAAAAUUAAUCAAAAUGUGAGCCGAUCUCGAGCACUUUCAGGUAGGGCUCAAAUCAAUCAAAAUUUUAGAAAAAAUUACUUCGGUUUAAUUAUAGAAAAAUCGCAUCAAUCAGUAAGUAAUGUGCUGGUUAGCCAUAAACGACUAUCCCAAUGGAAAAAAAACUUCACCACCUCUUAAGAAGUCAUUAUGGACCUGUAAACCAGAAAAUUAAACAUUUCAUCAAUAGGUGAGAUUGGCAGGAUUCUAGUGCUGCCUGUUUUCAGCGCUGUGGAUGAUAGCAUUUUUAUGGAUGGAACUGAAGGCCACCUUUGAAGGGUCGAUUUUCCAACAUUACGAAAACAAGUUGCAUCACAUGCUCCCUUCACCAUUCUUUAAUGUUUUCAUAUAUCCAUGAAGGAAAAAGAAACCGCUAUGAAUCCUCGGUUUUUUUUAAUCCCUUGAAACGUCCUUUUGUUCAUUGGAAACCUGUAAAGAAAGGAUUUUUAAAUAAUAAUCGUUUACAAGUAAUUAAAGCAGCAGUUUUAUUUCCGCAUCAGUCAAAGUACUUUGGCUAUUGGAAGUACUCUGAGUGCUUAAAAACAAAGGAAGGUUUUAUAAGCUAAGCCUACACAAGGCAAUAUUUUUCCUAGUUUGUAAAGGUUGAUUACAAAACCACAUUCAUUUGUCUUUUUUGUGAAAUCAAGGAGAAGGUACAAGGUACAGAAUUUUUCUAAAGGAUGUAAGUAGGUAGUGAUUUUUUUUUACAAAACUUGAUUCCAAUCACUGUGGGGCGGGUAGUCUAAACGGAGGCUAACUAUUGUGUUCAGAUGAAGUUUCUUUAAACAAAGUAUCAUAUUUUAUAUUUGCACAUUAGCAGUAUUCAUUCGCCGUUUUGCAGGUACACUUUGUCAAACGCUCAAAUCCUUGAGAACCAUCUAAAAUUUAGGCUUAGCAGAUCCAUGAAGGUAGUGCAUCAUUUGAAAAAAAAUUCCUCAAAAUUUUUCUUUCUAGAGCAAGGUUUAUUCGCUUCCUUUCUAAUUCUCUGAGUUUUCCAUGAAUUUUCCUUGAGUUGAGAAGUAAAUCUAACGAUGAAAUUUCCACUUCACCAGGCAGAAGACAUUUCGGACAUUUGUUCCCUCGUGCUAAUUCCAGAUUCCCUUAAAUUCCUAAGUUUUCUGGGUGUGUAUAAAACCUGCUCUAGAGAUUCUGGAUGGUAUAUUGUCUGUUAAAAGUAAGGAUCUGUUUUUACGUUGGUCAAAGCAGACUAGUUCAUUUUUCGCUCCAGUUAGUAUUUGUAUAUCUCCAUUGUUCAUCAUCUUACCUAGCUUCAGUUUCUGGGCAGUAAAUAUUAGGAAAAAAUUUAUUGAUCCCAUUUUUUUGGAUGAUUGAUCAGCCUCAUCAAAGCAAUAGCAUGGAGUCUCUCGUUCUUUGUAUAAUGUCUUAUGUUACUGUGAAUUUUCCCUUUUUAAUCAGAGUUUUUGUCUCUCUCUCUCUCCCUCCCUCUGUAGCUUUUUUGAUAAAGUAAUCUUGUUUCUUUUGUGGGUAUUCCACUCUCACCAAAAUACCUAUUGUACUACUCUCUACAUUUCUUUGAAAAAGAUAAUAACAUAACUUUUACAAAAUUGCAAUCCCUGGCACAAAAGAGACCUUCUAUCAUCCUUGUAAAACUAAUUUUCAAGCACCUGCCACACGCAAGAUGUGCUGAGAGAAAGUUGCGCAUGUCAGUGCUAAUUUUUAAAAAUAUCUCUAGUUAUCUCUUGUUUGAUUUUAGGAAAACCAACACUGAACGAUUUUUUGUGAUAAUUCCUAAUUCUAGUGAAUUUAAUUCAGGUAUUCUUUUAUCACAAAAAUGUCAGAUAUUAAAAAAGAAAAAGGGAAAAGAACCAAAAAAUUAAAAAUAGGAAUUGAUUUUCUGUGAAAAAAUAUAAGGUCUUGGCACAUCCAGAAAUAUUUGAAUCAUAUUGAGCGAUGUUUAAAUUAAGUUAUCAUGUGAACUUCUAUGAAAUAAAUGUGGCUUGUUCUAAGAUUGAAGAAGGUAAAUCAGAUACCUAAGCAGAAAAUCAGAUCAUGUAGACUGCUUUCGUGAAAAAAGGCAGUGAAUUUAAGUUAUAAUCGUGAAGAUGAGAGAAAUUCAACUUCACAGGAAUCAUGAAAGUAACACAAAUGAAACUCAAAAAAAAUCUCAAUUUCUAUGCAUCUUGAAGAUUUCUUGUGUAGUACUCUUAAUCUUCAGAAGCUCUCCCUUUCUUGAGCUGUCUUUUAUUUCAUCUUUGAAUGACCUCAGCAAAACUUAUGAUCUGCAAGUUGCACCCUGAUGUUGAGCAGAAUCUCAGUGUGGAACAACUGAGCAAGUAAAACUUUCUGCUCGAAAAGACAUGGUGAGCAGUUGGUGACAACAGUCCUCACCGAGUCAUAGAUUGACUGUAAGCGGACUUGAUGACUUGAUUGACUUGGUCCAUACAGCAAUUCUCUUCAGAGGACUUCGUCCAUAAAUUAAAGGUGACGUCAUCGACUGCCUAAACGUUCAAGAUAAUGCCCAGUUGUCCCCAGUGUGUUGCCCUUAUGGCUAUUUAAGUCUGGGCAUGGCAUGGAAAUUAAAAACGCUUUGAAAACAUUAUAGUAAAUGUCAAUUUAGGGUUAGACUCAAAUGCCAAAAUUAUUUAAUUUAAUGUUGUUGAAUAUUUAUCGUUUAUUUUUUAAUUGAUAAAUGAUUAAAGCAGUCAUUAAAACAGAUGAGUUGUUACAGUUGAACAUAACCAUUCACCAGCACUACUCUGCCUCUCCAACAUCAAAAUUAUUUCUAAGUUCUACUACCAUGAAUGUCAUAAUAUUCAAUUUACAAAAUUUUCAGAAUUGAAAGGGCAGAUACACCUGCAAGCAAGACGCGCUUCUUGAGUGGCGAGAAGGCCUCUGACUGUGUUCGGCAAUCCUUGUAGCCAAUCAGGUUGCAACUCGCUGCCUGUAACUCCUGUAGCGAAUCAGGUUGCAACUCGCUGUCUGUAACUCCCUCGAAGUAGGAUCGGAUCCUACUUUUCGAGUCAAGACGCGCUGAGGUGUAUCUGGCCCUUUAAAUCUAGCAUACCUAUGUGUGAAAAUUGAGGACUACCUCGAAUACUUGCUGCAAAUUCUCUCGAGGUUUGAAUGGAAUCUAGUUUAUUUCUCAUCAUUGGUCUGUAUGAGGAACGUUAGAAACUUAUUGUUCAUAUCCUUGCCAUGAUAACAUUUUGAUUUAGCUAGUCACAAUUCUUGAAUAAAAUCAAGAACUAAAGGAUGGGAUAUUAUUCAGACUUGUUUCCAUAAAAUGUGCAAUAAACUAGAUGAAUUCCAACUUGGAUGUGGGUGGGAUCUCACUCAGGUCCUCCUUGGCAACAUUAGAUAAAAAUAGAUCAAAUUUUGGUUAAGUGCAUCCAAAAUAUCUUGGUUUUUCGUUUUUAAACUAUGAAUUUAAAUCAACUGAAAUUUAAGCUUGCUGUACAUCUACUUGCAUUGAUUGUUUUAUACUUCCUGUACAUAUGUAAAAAUAAAAUUCAUAUCUUAUUUAACUUCUUAUUUUUCCACUCUAAAAACUUUAUAUUCUAAUAAUCUAAUCUGUGAAGUUCUAAUAAAGUGUGUAAACGUCUUCAAAGAAAAUCUCUUGUCUCCUCAUGUAAAUUUUUCCUUUUUUAUUUUCCAUCAUGUAUGCAUAUACUUUCACUCAUACAUAAUUUUCUCUAAUAUGAUUUUCUAUCUCGGAACUUCAUUUUCUCUAGUUCAGUAAUGAUUCUACAAGGUUUUAUUAAAACUUACAUAUGGGUGUUUCAUUUCUCCUUUCUUUCUGGUAGCAGAUUUGCAUUUCAACUUUUUCCCUCAAAUUUCCAUGCUUCCAUACUAUUAUUCGCACAUAAUCCCUCUCUAACAAUGAUUAUCAUUCUCUGAACUUCAUUUUCUCCAGUUAAGUAAUAAUUCUGCAAGAUUUUAUCAAAGCUUUGAUAUGGAUGUUGUAUUUACCUCCUCUCUGAUAGCAGAUUCGCAUUUCAACUUUAUUCCCCUCGAACAUAACCUCUUCAAAACCAUAUCUACUUGGCUGUUGAAUUUUUAAUGCCUCAUAAUUGUUUAAAGACGUUUAAUGAUUGCCAAAGACUCUCACAGAGGGCCGAUAAAAUAGUGCCUGAGCUGUAAAAGCCCCGAUGGGCAAAACCUAGAUAGAUGUCAAAAUGUAGAAAAAGUUUUUUCCUCCUCUCUUUUCCUCUUUUAAUCAAAUUGUUAUUUUAUUUAUGAAAAUGAGGCCUACUUGUACUCCCAGACUCAGCUUUGCUUUUUCUUUCAUCAAGCAUUACAUUUGCUCCUUUCCUGAAAUUUCUGCCUCAAAUUUUUCUAAAAGUAAUGUAUUCAUUCUUGCUGCUCGACUUGUACUUCAGCAAUUGAAUUGAUCAUACAACUGAUUUUUUUAAUCUAUAUUUUAACGGCAUAUUUCAUCAACAUAUAAAUCCAUUGUUCCAGUAAUGCUUGCCAUACCCUUUUCCCAUUAUCAUCCAUGUCUGCAUCGUGGAUCUAUGAUGUAAGUCUAAAAAAAUCUAAAAGUUAAUUUGUGUCUUUUUUUUCUUUUCUUUAUUUUCAUUUUUGUAUCCAGACUGUUAUGUAAUGAAACUUGAAAGCGUUUGACCCAAAAAUUUGUUUUCCUCCCCUCAUGCUCCUUUUUUUUUUUGCUCAAUCUUGGUCUCAUGAGAGCGAAACUUUACAGUUUUCUUGCGCCAUUGAUGAAUUGUCUUUCUCAUUCUUUUUCAUUGUAAUAUUUCUUUAAUAAGGAGAAGACCCAAUUACGCUGCCUUCAAUUUUUUUAUUUUGGUAUAAAUCGAUACCAUGAAAAUCUAAGAACCACUUUUUAUGAACCACCAUUUUCUUGUAUUGACAAAUGGGCCCUCGACCGUCCUAAAAAUCAAUGGGAAACAAGCCCGAGAGAGUUCAAGUGCGACUCAGAAAGGUGAUGAUGUGUGCUGUAGCACUGGUGUUGGUUAUUGAUUGCCAUUAACAGUUCAUUCUCCCUUGAUUCAGAAUAGUAAAGUGGUCAGCAGCAAUAUCACUAUUUCAGCUUGCCAGUGAAUGAAAUUUUGAUUUCACAUUGUCGAUCAUAGUUCAUAAUUCCUUUUUCCCACUCUGGACAUUAUAUCGACUAAAACUUUUUUCCUUACUGGUUCCUUUUCUGUCUUACUGUUGUUUUUUAUUUCUUAACUAUUUGUACUCCUCCCUCCCCCUUUCCCACCAUCCAGCACAUUUGCUGAUGUGAUUGACGAAUUUAAGUGCUUACUCUGCCUUUCAUUAGUGAUAGUGAAACACAUUACAAGACCCACAUUACAAGAAGAUAAUCUUGAUGUGACAAGAUAUGAAAAUGCAUGUCUCUUGGAGUGUAAAUGCAAAAUUUAAAUUUUUCAGUCAUAGAUAUGAUUCAAAUUUUUUUCAUUGUCUCAGAAAUCUGAUUUUUCGCUUUGUUUUUCUGAACCUAUCUUUACUAUAGAUCAAGACCAGGUAUAAGGAUGCAUAUGCAAGUGUGGUAAGAGGUGGGAAAAAGAGGAGCAGGAGUGCAUAAUCAAGAAACAGAAGCAACAAAGAAAUAUGUACAAACAAGAAAAUAUAAGGAAAAAGUUGUUAGUUGUGGUGAAGCCAAGAGAGAGGGAGGAAUUAGGAAGAAUAGCCUAAAAUUUAUUAUGAGCUGAGCAAAUUCAAAUCUUCGCCCAAUUGCCAACUUUGACAAUGUUGUGGCCGCUAAUCACUUAGUCACUCUGAGUGAUGCGAGAGUGAGCUGUAAUUAACUCAAUAGUUGCGGCUGGUUGUUAUCACUUCAAUUUGUGCUUCGGCCUUUUUACGCAAGUUUCCUUUGAUUUUUUAUGGCAUGUUGAGGGCCCAUUUGUUGAAAUUUUAUUACUCUUGGUUGCUUGAUUUUCAUGAGCAAUUAGCUGGUAUCAAAAUAAUCCGAAUCGGAGGUGGUGUGACAUGAUCCUCCUCUUUUAAGUGAACAGGUAUUACACUCACAUAAGGUCAUAAGUCUAAAUAUCUACUGAAGUAUUUUAGGGUUAUUUGAGAAACUUGUUUUGUUGCCUUUCUGUACUGUAAUGAUCACUUCAAUUCAUGAUUUAAUAGGUUGAAGAGAAAAACCAAUUGUAAAUAUAUUCAUGACAAAUGUUUGUAUGACUAUGUAUGCCUGUAAACAGGUUUUGUUCAAUCAAAAUUUUCUUCUAGCGGCUGUCAAUCUGUCUUUUUUCUCUUCUUUUUUUCUUUUAUACUUCUCAUGCACUAAAUUUUUAAGCUUUUACAGUGGAAGGAAAGAGGAAUUGAUAUCCUCUUGCUUUUCCUUCACUGUCACUGCGGGAGGUUUGUGAAAGCACUAAAGACCCUUGAAUACCUGAGACUAUUUUUUAAAGGAAGAAAGUUACUUGGUACCUUAGUGUUAGUAACGCAAAGCAAUAAAAUAUUCCAUUCAUCAGGAA